AUGGAUUUGGGGGCCGUGAAGGUGUUUGAGGACAAGGGCCUCCACUUCAAAUUCCACCAACUUAACAUCACAGAUGUUGAUAGUCGCCACAAACUGGCCGAAUUCAUUAGGGCCAACUAUCCGAAUGGAAUAGACAUUAUGGUUGACUUCAAGGCCUCUCGCAUUGGGACAUCUAAUCUCACCUUCGUCACUCGCAAUUGGCUCAGUGUACGUCACUAG